AUGGCCGAACAUAUGGACUACAACAUCGCUGCUGAGACCGUGGUCGAUCCUCGGAUUAUGGCGGACACUGAGAAAGGUGUUGGGGGUGCACAGGUCCUGUCUGAGGGCGGGGCGGCGUCGGCACAGGCUCCGCACUCUGCGCUUACCCCCGCUCCAGAGGUGAAGGAGGAGGAGAAGGUUGUGGCGGUGGUGGAGGAAGCUAAACAAGAUGCUGUGGCCGAGGAACCUGCAGAAUCCCCCUUGCAAGGUCCUAAUGGUCUGCCCUAUGUGGACCCUGCUACUGCCGUGCCCGUGCCGGCACCACCACAGGAGCCAGAUACAAAUAACCUCCCGGAACAUCCGAUCCCGGAACAUCAAAAGAGACACGCGCUGCUGGCGAUUAAGGCAGUUAAGCGUCUGAAAGAUGCUAAACCUUUUUUACAACCAGUGGAUACGGUUGCUUUGAAUCUACCACUGUACUUCAACUACAUUAAAAGGCCGAUGGAUCUGUCGACAGUGGAGAGGAAACUUAAUCUGAACGCAUACGAAACGCCAGAAUCCGUUACCGAGGAUUUCAACCUGAUGGUGGAUAACUGUGUUAAAUUCAACGGGCCCGCAUCGGCGAUAGCACAGAUGGCCAGAAAUAUACAGGCGUCGUUCGAAAAACAUAUGCUGAACAUGCCUGCGAAAGAUGCACCAGUUAUCAUACAGCAGAACAAGUCCCGGAAAAAGAAGAAGGGAGGGGAGGAUGAGGAUACGCCUGUGGUCAUCAGGAGAGCGCAGACGCACAGCGGGAGACCCAAGAGAGAGAUCCACCCUCCUAAAUCAAAGGACAUAUACCCAUACGAAAACAAGAGGCCCAAGUCCAAGAAGCUGCAGCAGGCAAUGAAGUACUGUGUCUCCGUCGUGAAGGAGUUGACCAACAAGAAGUACGCUUCGUUCAACUACCCAUUCUUGGAGCCCGUUGAUCCAGUGUCGAUGAAUUUGCCCACAUAUUUUGACUACGUCAAGGAACCCAUGGACUUGGGAACGAUCAGUAAGAAGUUGAGCAACUGGGAGUACCAAACAAUGGAGGAGUUUGAAGCUGAUAUCAGGCUCGUGUUCAAGAACUGUUACUCGUUCAACCCUGAUGGCACCAUCGUGAACAUGAUGGGCCACAGACUGGAAGAAGUGUUCAACUCGAAAUGGGCCGACCGCCCCAUGUACUCGGACUAUGAGGAUGACGAGGAGGAGAGUGACGACGGUGAUGACUACUCGGACGCGUACGAUAACGGCGAGGACGAGGACGAAGACAUCGACGAGACGUCCAUUACAAACCCAGCUAUUCAGUACCUAGAGGAACAACUCACGAGGAUGAAAGUGGAACUGCAACAAUUAAAGAGGCAAGAACUGGAUAGGAUCAGACGGGAAAGGCGACUGGCGCGCGGCGGGAAGCAACGCUCGCAACAAAAGAAGAGGAAGCGCUCGAAGUCGAAUCUGAAGCAAAGGAACAAAAAGAAGCUCAAAACAGUGGUCACGUACGACAUGAAACGGCUCAUUACAGAUCACAUAAACGACCUGUCUGCAGAGAGUAUGGAGAAGGCAGUAAAGAUUAUCAUGCCCGACAGCACGGGCGAGGAAGAGGUAGAGCUUGACUUGGACACGCUGAGCAACGAUACAAUUCUCACUCUGUACAACACUUUUUUCAGGAAGUACGACAAGAGCGAGGAAGCCAACGGCAACUCUCUCAACGGUCACGACCACCCAUCCCUAUCGCCUCAGAGCACAAUGGGCAUCUCGGCAAAGAAGAGAAGAUCUAAGGCCCUAUCCCAAGAGGAACAAUCGAAACAGAUCGAAAAAAUUAGAAGUAAACUGGCAUACUUGGACCACGCAUCUCCACUGAGUCAAAACGGUUCCCCAUUGAACAUGGGGUAUCAGCAAAAGGGAUCCACCUCUUCUUCUUCAUCCUCGGGCGAUGAUGAGGAUAGUGAAAGUGAAGAAGAGUAA